CAGGUCUGGGCUUGAUGCUGGAGUCUCGGGCUGAGGCUGCAGCAAGGCCCUUGUAUGGGAACAGAGGCCUGUGGCCCGCCCAGCACCCUGGCCGGAUGGACGCGGGGCUGGGGCAGGGCACAGUGAGCCAUGGGAGUCUGGGGGUCUUGUGUUGUCACUCAGCCCUGCUCUGUAGCAGGGCUUACUGACCGGUGUGGGUCUACAAACCUGGGGAUCUCCCCAGUCCCAAUUUGACCCCUCAGUGGGGUUCUCAGCCAGGCCCGCUCGGGUCCCGGUGGCUGCCUGGGCCUGGCCACAGCAGCUGCUUCCCACCCCUGCCUGGCACCGCUGCUCGGGGCUGGGGCUGGGGGAGCUGCUGGGCCCCUGGUGCAGGGCUCAGCUGGGGUCUGGGUUGGAGCCGUGCUGGGUUUCAUUCCCAGUGCUGGGCUGCAUGUGCACCAGGCAAGCGUGGCUGGGCCAGGGCCCAGACCUGUCCCUGCUCCUGCUGCCUGGGAUGCCGGCCUCGGACCAUCAGGGAGCAGGGGGGAGAAGUGCUGGGGCAGGGGGGCAGCAGGGACCCAGACUGCCGUGGCUGCUUGGAAGCACAGGGCAGCCGGGCUGGGACCUCCCCAGGGCACCCGGUGCAGCCACUGCCUGGGCCUGCCCUUGCCUGUUUCCUGACCAGCGGCCAGGGCUGUGCGUAUGUAUGAGCAAGUGCGUGUGUGUUCAUAGGUGUGCACUCGUGUUCAUCCUCCCCCAAGUGCUGUAUGAGCACUGGUGUGGUGCCUGGGGAAGGACAAGCGCACAUGCACAUGUGCACACUCAGACACAGACUCGCGUGUGCACAUGCAGACAAGCAUGAAGACGCAUGCACGCACAAAGACAUGCAUGCAUGCAAGCAUGUGCGCACUCAGGCACACACAUGGACAUGCAUGCAUGCGCACACCCCUGUGCAUGCAUACACCCCUGCACACGGACAUUCAUGCACAUACAUGGAUAUAUAUUUGCACACAUGAACAUGCGUGCAUGUGCACACAGGCAUGCACACAUGAGCAAGUAUGCACACAUAUGCACAGACAUGCACACGUGAUCAAGCAUGUGCACAUGCAUGGGCACACGGACACACAUGCACACAUGGGCACUGAUGUACAUGGACACACACCCGCAUAUGGACACACAUGGACAUGCAUGUAUGCACAUGUGCAAACAUGCACAUGUACACUCAGACGUGCACACUCAGACAUAUGCAAAUACAUGCACAAGCACUUGUACACUCUUGCACACGUACCCACCCGUAGCCAGCUGAGGCUUCCCCCCACAGCUCCCGGCCCUGCUGCACCCCGGCCUGCGGAGCCUGCAGCUCCCUCCCGCCCGUGUGCGCCCUGGCGGUACCUUCCCCGGCCCUUCCUGUGGGCAGAUGCUGCCCUGGGCCCAGACACGUGCGCCUUGGCUGCCCCGGGUUCCAGGGGUCGGGCUGCAGUCUGGGGGGAGCAGGGACCCCCUGCCCUGAACCCCCCUCCGUGCUCAGACCCCCCGCUCCUGCCCAUCCCUGGAGCUGCGAUGGGGGUUGCCCCGCUCUUGUGCCCCCUCAUCCCUGGCACCCAGCCCCGGACCCCGGCACAGCCCCCAUGAGGGUGCCUGGCUGCAGUUUCCCCACCGCCCCCUGCCCAGGGUCCCGCUGACCGGCUCCUGCACCCGCUUGCCACACACCCACUGAGCCCUGGGGGCCAGGGGGUCUGCGUGGAGGCCCCUGCACCCGUGGACAGAGCCUGACAGCUCCAGGCCCUGCUGCUCAGGCCCCCCCCUCCCCCCCCAUGGGCCACGUGAGACCCUCCAGCCUUAUCUCCUCCUGCAGCCCUGGCACCCACCCAUGACGGCUGGCCCAGGCGGGGAGGUGGAGGGGAGGCUCCUGGCCCCGUCCCUUGCUCACUUGGGCCCAGGACACGGAGGAGAGCUCCGGGCUGUGCUGGCAUGGGCGCUCAGCCAGCACCAUGCCCCGGCCGUGGCUUCUCCUCCUCCUCCUCCUCCUCCUCCUCUCCCUCCUGGCUGGGAAGAGCCUGGGAGAUGCUGAGUACGACACCCCCAAGGAUUUCCAGGCCGUCUACGUGGGCGCGAAGAACGACAUCUAUGAGGUCCCGGCAUUCGCCAAGCCCGGCGUUUCUGAAAUGAUCUUCCUGCGCACCAGCAUCACGGCCGUGAGGGACGGGGCUUUCAGGAACAUGCCCGACCUGCUCAAAAUCUUGUUCAUCAACACGAAGGUCCGGACGGUGGAGGCGGGAGCCUUCGAUAAGCUGGGGAAGCUGCAGGAGCUGGAGAUCUCGGGGGCCACGCUGGGCGACGUGCCCGCGGGGCUCUUCAGGCAGCUGCCCAGCCUGUGGUGUCUGGACCUGCGGGACAGCCACGUGCAGCAGAUCCCCAAGGGGCUGUUCGACGACUUGGGGAGCCUGGGAGAGCUCUUCCUGCACAACAAUGAAAUCCCGUCUCUCCCGCCGGGCAUCUUCGACGCGCUGGCCAAGCUCACCUUGCUGCACCUGGCGAGAAACAAGCUCCAGGCGCUGCCCCCGGACGCCUUUGCCAAGCUCCCUCUGCUCCGGGUUCUCCGGCUCUUCGAGAACGAGCUGCAGGAGCUGCCGGACGGGCUGCUGGACAGUCAGGCAGAGCUCAAGGAGCUCAGUCUGAGCAAGAACAAGAUCAAGGCGCUGCCCUCCAGGCUGCUGGAGAAGCUGUCGCUGCUGGAGAAGCUGUUCCUGGAUGGGAACCAGCUCGAGGGUCUUCCCAGCGAGGCUUUCUCUGGUCUGGGCAACCUGCGGCAGCUGAGGCUGGGGUCUAACCGGCUCGGUGCGCUCCCGGAGCGCUUGUUCGGGGCCAUGCUGCAGCUCCGAGAGCUGGACCUGGGCAGCAACAAGUUGAGUUCUCUGCCCCACGGGAUCUUUGCCAACCUCCCUUCUCUCAGCAAACUCAUCUUGUCCCACAACCAGCUGGAGACCCUGCCGCAGGCCACGUUUGCCGGGCUGGCCGCGCUCACGGAGCUCAACCUGGAUGCCAACAAGCUCUCCUCCCUGGACCUCGGGGCCCUGGCUUCCCUGCCCCAGCUGCGCACGCUCAGCGUGCGCAAGAACCAGCUGCAGAGCGUUCCCGCGGGGCUCCUGCAGGCCCUGGGGCAGCUGCGCGCCGUGUACCUGAGCGGGAACCCGUGGCGCUGUGACUGUCACCUGCGUGGCCUGCGCAGCUGGAUGCACGCCAACAAGCACAAGGUGAAGGAGGUGUCGCAAGUGCAGUGUGCAAGCCCUGACACGCUGCAAGGGGAAGUCAUCGACUUGCUGGGAGAAGACCAGCUCGUUUGCUGGAGCACGGUGCCUGCAUCCACAGCCCCCACCACGCUGCCUUCAUCUACCUCUGUUCCCGUGGCUCUGGCACCAUCCACGGCUGCAGCCACCACGGUGCACUCCACCACCAUGCUGGAGCCCCCCACCACGGCAGCACCCACCACCACAGAGACCCCCACCACGAUGCCACCAACCACAGCAGCACCCACCACCAUGGAGCCCCCCACCCCAUUGCUACCAACCACAGCAGCACCCACCACCACGGAGCCCCCCACCACAUUGGCACCAACCACAGCAGCACCCACCACCGUGGAGCCCCCCACCACGCUGGCACCAACCACAGCAGCACCCACCACCACGGAGCCCCCCACCACGCUGGCACCAACCACAGCAGCACCCACCACCACGGAGCCCCCCACCACGCUGGCACCAACCACAGCAGCACCCACCACCAUGGAGCCCCCCACCACGCUGGCACCAACCACAGCAGCACCCACCACCAUGGAGCCCCCCACCACAUUGGCACCAACCACAGCAGCACCCACCACCAUGGAGCCCCCCACCACAUUGCUACCAACCACAGCAGCACCCACCACCAUGGAGCCCCCCACCACAUUGGCACCAACCACAGCAGCACCCACCACCACGGAGCCCCCCACCACAUUGGCACCAACCACAGCAGCACCCACCACCAUGGAGCCCCCCACCACAUUGCUACCAACCACAGCAGCACCCACCACCAUGGAGCCCCCCACCACAUUGGCACCAACCACAGCAGCACCCACCACCACGGAGCCCCCUACCACGCUGGCACCAACCACAGCAGCACCCACCACCACGGAGCCCCCCACCACGCUGGCACCAACCACAGCAGCACCCACCACCGUGGAGCCCCCCACCACAUUGCCACCAACCACAGCAGCACCCACCACCAUGGAGCCCCCCACCCCAUUGCUACCAACCACAGCAGCACCCACCACCACGGAGCCCCCCACCACAUUGGCACCAACCACAGCAGCACCAACCACCGCGGAGCCCCCCACCACGCUGGCACCAACCACAGCAGCACCCACCACCGUGGAGCCCCCCACCACACUGGCACCAACCACAGCAGCACCCACCACCAUGGAGCCCCCCACCACAUUGCUACCAACCACAGCAGCACCCACCACAUCAGAGCCCCCCACCACGUUGCCACCAACCACAGCAGCGCCCACCACCACAUUGGCACCAUCCACGGCAGUACCCACCACCGCGGAGCCCCCCACCAUGUUGGCACCCACCACAGCAGCACCCACAGCAUUGCCCAACACCACAUGGGAGGCCACCACCCUGGAGGACACCCGUGUCUCUGAUAGCACACGUGUGCCAGUGACGCUCGUGCCCGCCACAGCAUGCCUCGCACUGAGCGCUGCGACCGAAGGCACUCCAGAGUGGUCCACGGUGCCCCCCAGCUCCGAACUGACCCCAGCGCAGGAGCUGGCCACGUCCCUGCUCACGCCCACUGCCAAAGCGUACGCCUCGUCUGCGACUUCACAGCUGGCUUCUCUCUCCACCACAGCCACCAGCCGCCUGCCUGUGGCCAACAGCACGAUCUGGGGGCCUUCUGCAUUCACUGCCCCUGCGUCAACCUCGGCCCCACGCCGCCCUGCCUCCACGCCGCCACUUCCGUCGCGACUGCACGCCUGGGGCUUCGCUCUGAGUUCCAGGUACAGGUACUGCCAGGUGUCCCUGGUCCUGUACCUCGCUAUGCUGGUCAUCGAAGCAUGCUGCACCGUCUGCCUGGGGAAGUUUGUGUACCUGCUCUACCAAGCCACGCACCCGAAAGAGCUGCCCCCCGCGCCUGUGAAGCUGGUGAGCGUGCAGCCCGGGCGAGCAAAGCCGUAGGCCACGGUGUGUUUCAGACAUGUAUGCAGUGUUCUGUCUUCCCCAGUUCCCUGGCAGGGUUUUCUCUAAUGAUUAAAGUUGUUUUUAUCCCUAAAUGUAGCUGUGCUGUCGCUGAGUGCCAGUUCCCCACGGGGCAAGACAUCCAGGAGGUGCCUGGGUUGACUUGGGGUCCCGUCGCACCCAGCCAAAGCCUGCCCUGCCUGGCCCUGCACUAGCCGGGCUCCCCAUGCCGGAGUGGGCGGCUGCCCACAUGUCUGUCCUUGCCCUGCCGCGCUCCCUUCCUCGCUCUGCUUCCAGGGACACUGCCCAGGUAAGGCCGACCCCGCGCCCGUCGCAGGCCAGGGCUCGGUUGGGCUGUCAGCGGAGGCUGCCCGGGUCCUGCUCCACUCGCAGCCCGGCCGCUCGGUGCUUGGGGCUGGUGCUGGGAGCUGCCUUGAUGGUGCUGGCGAGAGUGCAUCAAACAAGCUUGUGCCCGGUCCUGUGCCAGGGGGGCGAGAGGGCAGCUGGGAGCGCAGCCCCUGCUAGGCUGUACGCCAGUCGUCGCCCCGCACGUCGCCCCAGCGGGACUCAGCCAGGUCCUCGGCUGGGACCAGGGGUCCAUGUGUGCCCUCGGGGCACGGUGGCUGCAGGGACCAGUGCGCCGGGGAGACAGGCGCCGAGGUGGGGUGCUCGGUCAGGCUGUGGGGGCUGUGGCAGGGAUACGGCACAGGGUGCCUGGCAGUGUCCCCUCUGGAGCUGGGGUUGUGUCCCCCGGAGUGGCUGCGUGGCCCCUCAGUCGAGGUGCCACCUCCGGCCGUGGCUGGCUCCUGGGGCAGCUGGCUUUCCCCGCUGGCCCAGGGGCACGGAGGGAGCCCCAGGCUCAGCUGCAAAACCCCACGGGGCGAGCCCGAGCCCACGGCCGGCAUCCAGCUCCUGGCAGCUCUUCCGAGCUGGAGUCACUAGAUGGCCCUGCAACACAGCCGGUGCCGGGGAGCGCUCGGCCGCCCGCGGCCCCAGCCGGCACCGACUCUGGAGCGGCGGGCAGGUCAUGCGCUGUGCCCAGGAGCCCCCCUGGUCCCGGAGAGGAGCAGCGGGGGCUACGGGGUGGGUCGGAGUUGCAUUAGGCAGGUCCCGGUGGGCCCCAGCACCGGUGCGACAGGUCUGCGGUGGUGAAGGCAGCUGGCGGGGCCGUGGGUACAGGUGCAGUGGUGCAGCAGGCCUGGGUCGUGCCUCCUGCUCCAUGACAUCUUCAUCCUUUUGCCAUGUGGGAAGGCGUCUUCCACAAGGACCUGCGUAAAGACCAGAGACCUGAACUGCUUGACUGCCCAGCGAGCCCUACCAGGACGUAGAGGGGGGCAACCGGGGAGACCGAGCUGCCUGAGGGCAAUCUGCCAAGGUGCCACAGAGACCAUCAACCACCUCCUAUGGCUCUGCUUGGACACCUAGGAGGUAAAGCGGCUCCACAAAGCAGUGAUGGGUCAGACAGUUGUCAAGAGAGGUGACGCUGUACGGACGGACACCCGACUAAACACCUGGGGAGCCCGUUGGCCCGCUUCGAUCAGCGCGUCGUGCAUCAGGAGCGUGCCAGGGAAGUCCACGGACCUCCUGAUGUAGACACACGAACCUCGAGGUGGUAGACUGUGUUCAAAUGGCUUUGAGUAAACUCCGGUCUUAUUACCAGACAUCUGUAGCAGAGGAUGGGCCGCACGCAGCCAAACCCACCUGGCGGAGGGACACUCGGCACAGGAUCUCGCAAGAUCUCCCCAGCGGGGAAACGGACAGCGAAGAGGACGUCGAGACAGCCGGAUCGGAAGACCGUGAAGAGGACGGCCGCAGCGGGUCCUCUAGUGGAAGCGACAGCGAAUGAACUGAGUUUAAGCCCUGUAUUUGGGGACUGGACGAAGAGACGGGGUUGGAGGGAGACGAUGCUUUGCAGAUGGGCGCGCGCGUGCGGAUAUUGCAGCAGGUGCGUGGGUUCCUGUGGCGGGUGACGGAGGUAAUGAGCAGUGACUAGACGGUGCAUCUAUAUGUAUAUAAAGAUGUGUAUUUUUACAAAAAUAAAAUCUUCCUCCUUUUGCCCUA